AUGGAUUCCAGCGGACAGACAAAAACCCAAAGUUGUCGAAAAAUCCUUACCUUAGUUUUCCUCCAGGUCAUAAUCAGUACAGUAUUCUUUGCUUAUAUCCGAAACUUCAGGAGUGCAGAAUCUGAGGUGUCUGCUUCCCCCAUACAAGCAGUACCUAAAAAUUGUUCCAUCAUUGAGAAGGAAACCUCAAACCACACCAUCCUGCUAUGGACAUGGCCAUUUGGGAUGCGUUCCACUAUCGAAAAGUGUUCCAAGCUCCUGGGCAUCCCAGAUUGUCACAUCACAGCUGAUCGCAGCUGGUACCACAAAGCUGAUGCGGUCAUCAUUCACCACCGUGAUGUGUGCUCUAGUCCGAGGCAGCUGCCCCAAAUGCCAAGGCCACCUUUUCAGCGUUGGAUUUGGUUCAAUCUGGAAUCUCCCAGCCACACCCCCAACCUGGGCUUCAUGGACAAUCACUUCAACCUCACCAUUUCCUACCGGAGAGACUCAGAUAUCUUCAGCCCUUAUGGAUGGCUGGAGGUCCUCAAAGACCCAUGGAACAUCACCAUUCCACCCAAGUCCAAACUAGUGGCCUGGGCUAUCAGUAACUGGAAUCCAGCCUCCCGCCGUGUGAAAUACUACGGGGAGUUGAAAAAGUACAUCCAAGUGGAUGUAUAUGGACAAGGCCACAUGACUCUACCUCGAGACAAACAUCUGUCCACUUUAUCCCAGUAUAAGUUCUACCUGGCCUUUGAGAACUCCAUCCAUGAGGACUACAUCACUGAAAAGCUCUGGAAGAACUCCUUGCUCUCGGGAGCUGUGCCUGUGGUGUGUGGACCACCACGGAAGAACUAUGAGCGUUUUUUGCCCCCAGAUGCCUUCAUUCAUAUUGAUGACUUCCCGUCAGCUAAAGACUUGGCCAACUUCCUAAAAGAACUGGAUAGGAAUGCAACAAGAUACCAAAGUUACUUUCAGUGGCGAACGUGGUUAAAGCCCAUUGGGCAGACAUCCUUCAAUCAUCACUAUUGCAAAGCAUGCCGAGCUUUACAGACAACCUCAAUCCAAUUCAAGACCGUCCCCGAGUUGAGCAAAUGGUUCAAGUGAGCUAGAGACCUCUUGUGUUGGACUUGACUUCUUCAAAGGACAGCAUUUUAAAACUAUCUAACUUCCUGAGGAACAGUUGAUAAGCAUCAUCGAGAUGUCCCCAGCUCUUAAAUGGAUCUC